AUGCCGUUCCCCGCAACGAACACCCACCGGGCUCUAGAGGAGAAGCCCCGGGACCCUCGGAAGAAAGACAUCAUUGACACCGGGGGGAAAAGCGAACGUCCACGGCAUCGUCACCAAGAGCGUAGGAGGAUUUUCGAACCAGGAAAGGCCACCCAGCGAUUCACCAUGCCGAAACUAAAGCGUUAUGAAGCAAAGGAGGACGCAGUCGCGUUCGUUUGCUGCUUUCGGCAAACCAUGAGCUUGCACAAUUUCUCCGACGUGCUCAUGUGUAAGAUUUUUCCCCUUAUGCUGAGUGAGCCAAUCAUGCUCUGGUACAAUCAGUUGAAGCCCAAGUCAAUCACGUGCUUCAACGAAUUAGAAUUGGAAUUCACGAAACGAUUUGUAACAAGUAACGUCAAGCCAAAGACAUUGUCCAUGCUUGUAAACAUGAAGAGGGCGGCGGGAGAAACCUUGCGGCUUUACACGGAACGAUAUUGGGAGGUGUACAACCUGAUCCCCGACUGUGACCAAGGUUUUGUGGCCGAGUCAUUCAUGAAUGGGUUGGACCCUUCUUCGGCUAUGUUUCGUGAUCUCUCACGAAACCCACCGAAGACCAUGGGAGAGCUAAUAACGAUUAUCGAAAAAGACUGCGUGCACGAGGAGGCAGUUGCCAAGCAAAAAGUUUCGAAAAUAUCCGAAUCUUCUAAAAUGUCUCCAGCUGCCAAGAAAUAG